UGUCCGCUGUUUUCAUACAACAUGCUCUCAUGCCGGCAGGACGUUACUUCACAAUAACAUAGAAUGCGAUGAGAAGAGCUAGUCUUCCUAUGCAUGGACAACUGUAUAUCUCGACUAAGCAUUGGAUCAGGUGGAAGCAGUAAACGGGCUUGACUCCUGUGGUGGAUUUCCACGCCCAGCUGUAUUCGCCUUCAAUCGGAUGAAAUCGUACAGGCGGCCGCUCAGAUAAGUUCUGUCCUCACAUCCAUGGUGGCGAACCUAUCUGAUGGAAAGGAAGGCUGUCAAACAGCUCAACAUGGUCUCCAGGUUGCCCAAGUUUGCUUCCUGUCCCUCAGGCACCACCAUGACCGCCCUUCCCCAAGGAUCUGCCCCAGAGUCCAAAGGUGGACCUCUAGUCAGGCACAAUAAUUUGACACGUCUACAAUCCCUAAAUUGGAGAAAGGGUGAAGAGGACAUUGGAAAUAAAGUUCAACACUCUGACAGCUUGGAUGAGGAGACUAGUGUAACACCAGUGAUGGUGACUAAAAAGCCUUCCCCUGCAGCUGCUGUAAAAUGUAAAAAUGCAGUCCCCACUUCACGAAGUAGUUGCCCCAGGAGCAUACCCCAGCCUAUUAAAACCUUUCCCCGCAUGACUACUCCGAAAUUCCUCUUAACAGGGAAUCCCCUGAAUAAUGACAUGGCUUCUCAGAAAGGAGUAAGUGUUGGUAAUGGGCGAUGUGGCUCCUCAGGGCCAGGUGUUGGUCAUGUAUCCCAACAAAGAACCCUGCAGAGCAAACUAUCCCUGUCCAACGACAGCAUCAAGUCUGACUCUAAAGACAGCAUAGUUCGCUCUCAGAGUUUCACCCACUUCAAGAGGGCAACAUGCCCCACCAACCCACCUAUUACCCGUUCCUUCUCCUUUAACAAAGCUACAGAGCUUGCUAAAGAACUUCCCAGACCAUUGGCACAGUCUCCAGUAGCGAAAUCAUCCCUCAUACAGCCAAAUACAGUAUUAUCCGAAGAGAAAGUAAAUAAAUAUGGAAUUCCAAGGCCUGCUGUAACUACUAGCAGUCAUCUUUUGCAAACGAACACAAUAAAGAAAUCCCUUUUACCCAGCUUUUCAGGUAAAAAACCUUCUGUGCUCAGUUAUAGACUUACAUGUCCAACACUAACCAAACAUCCCUGCCCUGUUCUCCUUGGAAUUGUCCAAAAAGACACAGAAUUGAGUAAAAAUGUCCAAGACACUACAAAGAUAGCAGAAACCAGUUCAGAACCAAGUAGCAACAUUGAAAGUAUUGAAACUUCCCCAAAUGAGACUUAUUUUGAAGCAAAGGAGGCUGAGGGGAGUCUGGGCCCCUCCUUGGAGGACAUGUCGCUAUCAUCGUCCUCCUCUGUGGAGCACAAUGACACUAGUGAAGAGUACAUGGAUGACUUUGAUAAUCUCGGGAAUGGAGGUGAGACCCUGCUGCCUGUCCUCAAUGAGGGGUUAGACCACUUUGGACUAUGUAAAGAUGACAACGCUCUAAUUAGCAAGUGCAAUGAGGAAUCAUCGGUGACCAGCCUGCACACCUUCUUAUCCGAAACUGUUGACUGGGCAGGGAUGGGCCUUGCAGCUGGUAAAGAUGGCUUUGAGCAUGAGACGUUGUCUCCUUUAGGUGAUUUUCCUCAUGGAUCGUCUUUGGACCUGUCACCUUCAGACAGCUCUGGAGGCACUUACAUGUGGGACGAGGAGGGAAUGGAGGCACUGGGAAGCUCUGGACACCCCUGUGGAAGCUUUGACUCUGAUCUCAACAGCAUGGACAUUCUCGACAACCUGGAGAAUGUGGAGUCAUGUGACCUGGAGGAAGAGGACCUCAUGUUGGAUUUGGACCUGUCUGAAGAUGCAUCUUUACACAGCGCAGGCCAAUGGCUUAUUCACGCAGGUGAGCAGGAACCCUGGGCAUCUUUCUUCUGGUGUUUUUUAGAAAGUGGCAUUUUGCAAUCGUUUGAUGGGCGCAAGGAACAGGGGCUGGAGAGGUCAGGGUCAGACCAUGUGACAUUGGAUGAGUUGACUCUGAAACUCAUGACUCAAGACUGCUCUUCUGUCAAAGAACAGCUGCUUCUACUGAAGACACUGCUUCAGAUGGAGACAGAUAGUUCAGCUGAAGAUACUUUAGAGGCUAAUACUCCAUCAUCCACUGACCAAUCUUUACUUGAUCAGAAGGUGGAGCUGCUCCUGAAAGAGGUUCAAGAACUGAGAGAUGAGCUCAAAAGCAAAGAAAGGAUGAUCGCUGAACUUUCCCAGCAGCUGUCUUCUCCAGUAGAGGAUAUGCAGUGCCGCUGCUUGCAGGGCUCAGAGUCUAACAAGGAGUCACCGGAGCACCAGGACAAGGAUACUCAAACCUUGUGGAAGGCACAUAAUCUUCAAAUACUACAGACUCCCAGAUUCUUACCCAACAAGCUCCACAACCAUGAAGGACUUUCAAGUCUAACCUCUUCAGAGGCCCCUUGUGACGGUUUGGAUGCCGAGCCUGGUCACCACCCACUGAUGCCCCAGUCCUGCUCCCCAGACCUACAAGGUCCCAUCACUGUUGAGUCUACCCCAAACUGUGCUAUACCAACGGUAACUAUAUCUGCUGAUAGCUUUGCUGCCUUCUCUUCCAGAACUUUUCAGAGCUCUGAUCCUGCUGAGCUUGGCCUCAUUAGCAGCCAGGUUAAAAUCAAUGAGCCAGCAACCCCACCAGCUACUGCCAGCUUUUGCUGCAAGCUAGAAGGAGGUAUACAAAAACUUCCUUUGAGAAGAAGCAAUUUUUCAACUCUACAGCCAUCCACUUCUAUUAAGAGAGCUUUGACACUCAUCAAGUCCCAGGAAGUACAACAGGUCAGUGUGUUUACCGGAGCCCUGGGUAGGUUUGGAGCCACAGGUCUAUCCAGAACAAAACAUCAACCUUUAUCAGCUGCCGGACUGCUUUGCAUCAACCCAGCCCGACAAACUACCAUGCACAGCACCACUGCACCAAUAUUUAACCAACAAAAUCAAGGGUGCAGUCAGUCUUUAUUGCUCAGAAACAUAGAAAGCAGUUUGCCCAGAGCCAGUGCCCCCCUCCAGCUCAAACAUUCCCGCCUUCCUAAGCCAAAGACAAUUUCUUCUCUACCAAACCCUGCGGCUCAGCAAGGUCAAACAACAACCUCCCCUGCUCUGCCUUCUCGUAUGCUUCCACAAUUCUAGAUUAGCUAAGCAGGGCUUUGGGCAUCCCACCAGAGUGUAGAAAAUCUGCUUCUUAAGGCCCUGCUUGUAAGGCACCAGUCAAGUAUCCUGGCAGUUAUGCUUACUAUGUACAAAACUAUGUACAAAGUUGUAAGAGACACUACUGUCAACCUUGUACCUAUGAACCUUGCAUAAGAUAUUGCUCCUUUGAUAGAUUAGCAAGGCACCACUUCUCUAGGAUAACGACCAAAACCAAGUAGAGUGGUGUUAUUGCUCCCACAUGAGUUUUUUUGUAUUGCUCUCAUUGAUUCUGUUGAGAGAGACUUGCUUUUUCCUUUCUUAACUACCACCACUGUAUGUGCACCGCGUGGGCCAUGAUGAAGGGGUGCCCACUGAGAUUUUCAGAGCAGCCGUCUCUUCCAAUUGCUUCUCUACCCAUCUCUCUUUGUACCUUUGUUCUUUGCCACUAGCAUGAAGAUUGUGUCCUGCUGGAAUUGGCCUCCCACCACCGUACCUAAUGAGAGCAAGUUCUGGAAGCCAAGUCAGUCUUAACAGCAGAAUGAGUUGUAAGGUCAUGAACAUAAUGUAAAAUGGAAAGAAAAAAAAGGAACAUUAGCCUAUACAGUGUGGGAGUUUGAAAUGCAAGGUUACUUUAUAGUGAUUUCACCAAGUAGGACAUGUUUUUGUUUGAUACAACAGUCCUUUCUGGUCCUCGAAUCUGAUUGGCUGAUAAGAGUGUGAUAUUAGAGUCCAACUUAACUCCAACAGCCGUUUCACCAUUUGUAUCACUCCAACCCUAAACCUACCCCUUACAAUAAUGCAAAAAUAGUAAUUAUUGUUGUACAGUGUGACAAAAAUUACACUAUAUUGAUGUGCACAUGACCAUUAGCCACAGCUGUCUCCUUUCUAGCCUUAAAAGGAUAGUUCACCCAAAAAUGAAAAUUUGAUGU